AUGCUGAAAAACUUUGUUAGACCGUGGUUUCAUUAUUUAUACCAACUAUUUUACCAUGAUAUCUCAUACUCUAGAUUCAUAUACAAAGCGCCCAUGUUGUACCUUUUACCACCAGAAAUAGUUGAAAAGAUUGGUAUAUCACUACCGCAAAAUGAUUUACUUUCGUUGAUGACAACCAACCAAUAUUUCUACAACCUUUUGCAUCCAAGGUUGUAUUCAGUUGUAAUCUUCGACUCAUCCCCACAUUUGUUUGAUUAUGAUACCAAGUCACUAAAUGCAUUUAAACAAGGUCGUAAUGAUUACAAAGUUGACGGAAAGUUCAUGAGGGGAGUUAGAAUAAGGUCGGUGUUUGCACUCAAAGCAUUCAUGAAGAGUGUGAUCAAGUUUGCACAUUAUGUAAAGGGGCUCAUGGUUAUCAACUUACCCGAUAUCUCAGAUCUAGAAGCAUUUGAUUACUUUAAAGCGAUGUUACCUUUAAUGAUUCAGUUGCAAAUAUUUUCAUGGAACCACAACGUUGCCUUUCCAGUAAGCUUUUUGAAAUAUAAUAGCCUGAUUCGUGCCAUGAGAGGAAAAAUUGAAACGGAUUGUUGUGCACAGUUUCCUUACAUGACUCAAGGGGUAUAUACUAAAAUUGACAGCGUCCAAGAUCUUGAAACAAUAACGUUACGCAACAUUGAUUUGACGGAUUUGGAGUACGACUUUAGUAAAAUCAAAAGCUUGUCAUUGGAUAACUGUACGUAUAAAAGAGACUAUUUAGUUGAUCAAGAUUUCACAUCAUUGGAGGAUUUAUCAAUAAUGGUCGAAGAUGACCCUUCAGUCAUCAGACUUAUGUCCAAGCUUAAACUCAAGUCAUUGUCCUUGAAAACAGAGUCGUCUAUAAGUGGGCUACUCCACAAGUUAUUACCCGGAAUUGUGCGCUUGGAAUUACACUCACAAUUCGACUUGGCAAGUUUGAAACAGUUAUCCCGGUUUGUCAAUUUGAAAUAUUUGCAACUUCCUAUUCUCGAAAAGGAUAUCCUCGAAGUGCUACCAUUCAUCUCACAAUCGAUCCAAUUUCUCAAUUUGAAUGUAUUGGAAACAACAGAGCGCAACAAUUGUUUGAUUGCAGAUGAAUACUGGGAGUGUACUGUGGAUCAGAAUUUAUUAAAGUUUCAAGAUUUUGUUUUGGAGUACCACCGCCGUUUGAACAAUCUAGAAUGGGUGAUGUUUAAUGGAAACAAUAAAAAGUACGUGUUUGAGUGCGCCGAACUGGUCAUAUAUAGAGAUAGAUUUAGCUGCUAUUUUGAUGAAAUUGUAAAUACAUUACUUUGA